CCACAGACGGCAGGGCGACGGCCGCCUCAGAGAAACACCGCGGGCUUCAUAGAUGAGGAGGAAGUUGAUGUUUGGAGAAUAACAUCCCAGUGUCUACAUCUUUAAGGAUCCGGAUCGAGGAACCGACUCAGAUACGGAUUCCAGGGAGUUCCCUCUGAAGAGGCACUUUAUUGCUGCGGGCCUGAGAUGAUGUGCUGAGGAUGGUGCUCGGCUGUUUUUACCAAGCCAGCAUGGACGGCUGCUGCUGCAUGAUUUCUGCACAUUUUGUGUGUGGAGGAAUCCUCCCUCUCACCACUAUUCUCUGGUCACGGCGCAUGGGAGGUUGGGGGAAGAGUUGACGCAAAACUGAUAUGCGAUGCUCAAUCAGAGCUUGGAAUAAAACGAAACCACAUAUAAUUGAAUUUGAAACAAUCAAAAUAAAACUUUAUGGUGUGGAGCUCAUUCCGGAGGACAAUGUGUGGGACAAAGCCUGCAGAGACAGCCAGGAAAUGAUGAAUGGCACCGCGGAGAAACAAAGGACUCCAACAUGCUGCCUACCUCCUCUGUUGUGGACUAAAGAAAACUAACAUAAAUGGCUUCAGUCAGUCAAUCGACCCCCCUUUGAGACCCAUGUUGAUUUUUUAUCAUACAGGGGGAGCAUAUUUUGAGGGAAACACAUUGGACAGCUCCUAAUUUUCAUUACCAUUUAAAACGUCCAUUGAGCCCUUCUGGACCUUUCUAUUUAGACUUUAAUGGGCUCAGGGCUCUUGUUUUCAAGCCCUGUAAUUGAAUCCUGAUAGAAAACGCCUCCAUUCAUAGAGAAAAACAACAAGCCCUCCUCAUUGGUCAGAUUGGAGUGCACAUGCUAUAACAACAGGAUAUGCAAACAGCCAUGGGCUGAUCCAACAGCCUAUCAUCUUUCGAGCAUGCCUUUAAGAUCCGGAUUUGUAGUGUUGCUGCUAUUUUUUUUAAUUCAUCAAAAUGUGAACCCUUUAAGAAGACCAGUUCUAUAGUAGCAGUAGUUAUAUUAACAGUUAUGAUGUUUUGGAGGAAAAACAAGGCUGUGCCUGUGCUGUGAAGCUGCUGAGACAUGUUGAAGUAUUGUCUUCAACUUGUUUUCAAUGAACUCAAAGUGUUGCUGCUGAUGCACUCAGAAUCAAGCGGGAGGGCUGACCCGGUCACAGGUACAGACCCACAGCAAAACAGGAUGAGAGGGUGUACCAUUGGAGGCUGUGGUUGGCCCCAGAUGAGCUGCUCCCACCAGGAUGAUGAAGAGGAGUACUACGGGUCAGCGCCCCGGCCACGUAGCCUGGCCUUUGAGGACAAAGAAGGAGCCAAAUCCCAGGGAGGACAAGAAGGAGUUCUGGAUAUGUCCUCCCUACCAAGCCUAUCUGAGAGUGGGCUGCAAGGACAGCAGUGUCGGAUCUGCUUCCAGGGGCCAGAAAAGGGGGAGCUGUUGAGCCCUUGUCGCUGUGAUGGCUCAGUGCGCUGUACUCAUCAGUCCUGCCUCAUCCGCUGGAUCAGUGAGAGGGGCUCCUGGAGCUGUGAACUCUGUUAUUUCAAGUACCAGGUCUUAGCCAUCAGCACCAAAAAUCCUCUGCAGGUUACUAAAAAGAUUUACAAUUAA